CACGACUGUUCAAACCUCUGCGAUAUUCUCUCGUCUCGAACGGAAUGGACGGUAACUUUGGCUUCAACAAGCUCCACUAUUGGCUAUGCUCAGGCAAGCCAGACACCAUCAGCAUCGGUGGCAGCGCACCACCUAGCCUCACACUCAGCGACAUGGUCGAGCUUUCCACGGACCCCAAAAUCACCCAGGCGGCCUUGGACUUUGGUCAUAUCAAGUUCGACGUCGGGAGCCCCCAGGGUAACCGCCAGCUUCGCGAGACGAUAGCGGCGACAUACAACAAGGAGCUGUCGCAGCUUUCGCCCGACGACGUGAUCGUGGCCAACGGGACCACGGGGGCGAAUCACAUCGUUCACCAGUCGCUCUUGAAGUCCGGGGACCACGUUAUAUGUCAGUACCCCGCCUACGGGCCUUGCAUCGAGGAGCCCGAGCACAUCGGCUGCAACAUCUCGUACCUUCGCCUCGACCCUGACAACGGCUGGGCGCUGGACAUGAAGCAGCUGGAAGGCUUGAUCCGGCCAGGCAGGACCAAGCUGCUUGUGGUGAACAACCCGGUCAACCCGACGGGGACGCAUCUCACAACGGCUGAGCAGAGGGAGAUCGUCGCACUGUGUAAGAAGUACAAUGUUGUCGUCCACUGCGAUGAGAACUUCCACUCGCUCUAUCACGCCGACGGCGACGUCCCCACGUCCGUGAUCGAGCACGCCGCCCUCGACUACGACAACGUCGUCGUCACACAGUCGCUGUCUAAGGUGUACGGUCUCUCCGGCGUGCGAAUCGGAUGGAUAGUAACACGGUCGGCAGAUCUGCGAAAGACCUUCCUGUCCUACCGCGUCAUGUCCUUGGUGUCCGUUUCGCUCAUCGAUGAGGCCAUCGCGCUAGAAGUCCUCGGUCCUCGUGUUCGGCCGCGGAUUGUUUCCAAGAACCUGCAGCUGGCGAAGACAAACAUCGGUCUUCUCCAGGCGUUCAUCGACGCUCACCCAGAAGUCUGCGACUGGGUACCACCGACUGCUGGCUCGACCGUUUUCGUCAAGUUCAAGGAUCCCGGUACGGGAGAGCUUGUCGACGAGGUUGAUUUCUGUAAGAAGUUGCAUGAGAAAAAGAAACUGAUGCUGGCGCCGGGCACGAUUUGCUUCGGGCACGGCGAUUUAAAGGACGAAUUCAAGGGAAGAAUUCGCAUACAUUUCACAUGCCCUACGGAGAAACUCAAAGCCGGGCUGCAGCUUCUCGAUGAGUUCUUGGCUGAAUUGUAGAAAGAAUCGUAUAAACAUCCGUCUCGUAAUUUGCGGUGGCGUUAGGCAGACCUGCGCUGUUAGACAUCAAAAUAAUCCGCAUUAAGAAAUGUCAAAGACAGGAGUAAUUUGAGCAGCAAAGCCAAGUUUCUCAUUCAUAAGAAUGUCAGAACACUAUGUUCUAUGCUACUCAAUAUAAUUUUUUUGGGGUUGGUUUGUUGGGGGGUUAUUUUUUUUUCUUUUCGAAGGGAUGUGUCUGUGUUUAGCACCGUUUAGUCCACAAUGAAUUUGGUGCUGAAUUUGGUGGAUAUUUGUGACUAUAAUCGCAGCUCUCUCUACUCUUUCCCGAGAUGGCACCUCUCGUUCGGUCUGCUAAUAAAUCAU